UAGGGCGUUGUGGAGACUCCUUCAUUCAUUUGCAGAGAGGUCUCUUUCCGUAAAGACGUAGACGGAGGUAACCGAGGGACCUUAAAAAAAAAGGGAAAGGGCGUUUCGGUGUGAUCGGAGUCAUAGCAGGGUAGAGUCAAUGUGCAAGGAGAGAGGCUCUGCGUAAAGAAGCACACAGACUCCGGAGAUAAGCUAAAACUUACAUUGGCGCGACAAGUUUAGGAGCCAUCCGCGCUUUGGACACGUUUGACUGCUCACGAGCGCAACUGAUUAGGGGUUUGAUUUACUUCCUUCUCUCGCACACAAAGAGGAAAAUCUAAUACUUGUGCAUCCCCGAGGUUUUUUAGCUGCAGCCUGUGUUUGAGGAAGACAUGGCUAAGUUAUUCCGUGCAGCUAUCAUGGGUCCACCAGGAUCGGGAAAAGGAACGAUAUCCAAGAGGAUUGCGCAAAGCUUUGGCCUGCAAUAUCUGUCCAGUGGCCACUUCCUACGAGAGAGCAUAGCGGCAAAUACAGAGGCAGGUGUGAUGGUGGGGACCUAUGUAGAGAGAAGCAUGCUUGUACCUGACCAUGUGAUGACCAAACUUUUGCUGCCCAGACUGCAACAGAUGGUCGGCCACAGCUGGCUGCUGGACGGUUUCCCUCGGACUCUAGCACAGGCCCAAGCCCUGAACAAUUUGUGUCAGUUGGACUUGGUCAUCAGCCUCAACAUCCCCUAUGAGACGCUGAGGGAGAGACUUAGCGACCGCUGGAUCCACCCAGCCAGUGGUCGAGUAUACAACAUGGGCUUUAACCCACCACGAGCGAAGGUCUCAAAAGUCUUGAAGUGGCAACCAUAUUUUACUUGUAAUUUAGAUUGUUUUUUUGUGGCACUUUGUUGAUUUUCUAAAGGACAAUUUUGUCCUUUUGGUUGCUUCCCCAUUUCCCUGUGAGAUUUGUGUCAGUGUUUUUGAAAUCUGGUAGAGAUUUAAUGUCUGGCCUCAGCAUGGUUAAAGCUUGUAAAAAUGAAAGAUUGGAGCCAGAUAAAGCAUACUCUCUUUAUUCACUACCCCACCAUCCUACACAACGACACUACAGCAGUUUGUCAUUUUACUUUACAAGGUUGUUAUCACACUAUAGUAACUGACCAUUUUGUAUUAUCUUUCUUAACUAUAAAAUAAAUCAUCUUUAUUCAGUUUGCUUCACAGACAAAACAAUUGAUAAAACAAUGGGCCUCAUGCAGCAACACUCCCUUAAAUUUCUCUUAAUUUUCUCUAAAGUGACAAAAAAUAAGAGAAUUCAACUCCAGGUACACCAAACUGCAUAGACAAAUCCCCCUAAAUACUAUCUAAGGGCAGGUGUUGUACCAUGUGGAAAUACUCUGGCACAUGCCCAAGAAAUGGACAGGUGCCACCAAAAUAGGCUCUCAGAAGAAGAACCUGUGCAGUUGAUCAACAUACUGUUAAAUAAGCUUAAACCAGUAAACGUGAUUUUCCAGAACGUCAGUCCUGGUGUUACAGGGAAAUCAAAAUACCAGUAAUGGCAACACAUUUGUGAUGCUGUAAAUGAUGCUGCAAGUAAAAAUGCUAAUACCACAUUGUAAAAAUAUUCUAGUACUAAUAAAAAAUCUGGCAUUGAAAAUGCAUUAAGUAUUAAAAGUAAAAGUACUCAUGCAUAAAAAAUAACAACAAUUUAAUAAAUAGAAAUAGUUUUUAAAAAAUAAAGAUAAAGGAAAACUUGAAGAUCCUCAUUUUUGAGAA